UGCACACUGCUCAGCCCCGCCUCCCACGCUCGGCCAAGGGAUUGACUCGUCGCCUCCCGUCGCUCCUGGUGCUCCGAGCUAUGGCUACUUUCCGAUUGGCCCUCAUCCAGCUUCAUGUUUCUGCCAUUAAAUCAGAUAACGUUUCCCGGGCUUGUAGCCUAGUACGGGAGGCAGCAAAACAAGGUGCCAAAGUAGUGUCCCUGCCGGAGUGCUUUAAUUCUCCGUAUGGAACAAACUACUUUCCUGAAUACGCAGAGAAGAUUCCUGGCGAGUCCACCCAGAAGCUUGCAGAAGCAGCAAAGGAGAAUGGCAUUUAUCUCAUCGGAGGCUCCAUCCCUGAAGAGGAUGCUGGGAAGCUGUAUAACACCUGUGCUGUGUUUGGGCCUGAUGGGAGUUUAUUGGUAAAGCACAGGAAGAUCCAUCUGUUUGACAUCGAUGUUCCUGGGAAAAUUACAUUUCAAGAAUCUAAAACAUUGAGUCCUGGUGAUAGUCUCUCCACAUUUGAUACUCCUUACUGCAGAGUGGGCCUGGGCAUCUGCUACGAUAUGCGCUUUGCAGAGCUGGCACAGAUCUACGCGCAGAGAGGCUGUCAGCUCUUGGUGUACCCUGGAGCAUUCAAUUUGACCACUGGACCAGCCCACUGGGAGUUGCUCCAGCGAGCCCGGGCUGUUGAUAAUCAGGUGUACGUGGCUACAGCCUCUCCUGCCCGGGAUGACAAAGCCUCGUAUGUGGCCUGGGGACACAGCACUGUUGUGGAUCCUUGGGGACAGGUCCUAACCAAAGCUGGCACUGAGGAAAUGAUCCUGUACUCAGACAUAGACCUGAAGAGGGUGGCUGAAGUUCGGCAGCAAAUCCCCAUUUCAAAACAGAAAAGAGCAGACCUUUAUGCAGUGGAGGCAAAGAAGCCCUGAAGUUUGUGCCUAAAAUGUCUCUAUGCUCAUAUACGCUAUACGACGAUCAACUUUACUAAAUCUUUUUUGGACAGUGCUGGGAAUUGAUCCCAGUCUUACACAUGUUAAUUCUUCCACUGAUAUGUAUCAGAACCUCCUCAUUGAAUUAAAAUUUUUCUUUAUCUGCUUGGUAACAAUA